CAUGUACAAACAGCGCAGCGUCCCCCCUGAACUCACCGUCCACUCCCCCAACCCAGAAGACCCUCCCGAUCAUUCCGCCUCGGGACGCCCCCCCCCCCCCCCCCCACCACCACCUUUCUCCGGCCCUGCACUUAAUUUCAAGUUGGGUCAACAGGGGCUUUUUUGGGGGGGGCUUUCUUUUCCCCCAAAUCCGAGAGGACGACGAGACAAGACGCUCGGUGGUCCCAACAUGCCCACCGCACGCUACUGCUGGGCUCUGCUGCUGUCAAUCAUCUCUCUGGUGCUCGGAGGGGACUCCAGAUCAGCAAACGGCGACAAGUCCAAGAUGAAGUCGUACUGGUCGGCAGGCGGCAAGUCAGCUCAGAUGCUGUCGGUGAGCCGCCUUCUGAUGCACGCGCCGGACGGGGACGACAACUUUACCUCUGUGGACCUGGACUUCCACGCUGAGCAGUGGAGCCGUCCGUACGAGUCGGCGCCGUCGUGGGCCUCAGCAGUGGGGCGCUCCCGUUCCAAGAGGAGGCCUAUCGUCAAGACGGGCAAGUUCAAGAAAAUGUUCGGCUGGGGCGACUUCCACUCCAACAUCAAGACUGUCAAGCUCAACCUGCUCAUCACCGGCAAGAUUGUGGAUCAUGGCAACGGUACCUUCAGCGUCUACUUCCGCCACAACUCCACCGGUCAGGGCAAUGUAUCGGUGGGACUGGUUCCUCCCACCAAGGCGGUGGAAUUCCAGGUCCACCAGCACGAGCUGCGCCUCCAUCCGCAGCAGCAGACGGCUUUGGAAAGCAAGGAGAGCAAGCUCUUCAACUGCCGCGUGGAAUACGAGAAGGUGGAACGCGGCACCCGCAACUCGCUUUGCGCCCACGACCCGUCACAGAGUUGCCCUCAGGACCAGACCCAGAGUCACGUCUCUUGGCUGUGCUCCAAACCCUUCAAGGUCAUCUGCAUCUUCAUCACCUUCCACAGCACCGACUAUAAGCUGGUGCAGAAGGUGUGUCCCGACUACAACUACCACAGUGACACGCCGUACACGCCCACCGGUUGACCAAGUAGAAAAUAGAAGAAGAAUCGAACUCAAUCCGGCCCACGGGUCGGCAGCGGCGCGUUCGGGAAAGCUCGGACGAUUCCGUCAAAGCGACCAUGUAAAUACCCGGAUGCCGCUCAGACAGUGUUUUAUCCUUUUUGUUUUGUUUAUCAUCUGCGGCUCAAUCACCGAUGCCAAUCAGACGCCAACAAUCAGCCCCAGAUGGGAAAUUUGGCUUUUUAUUUGCACUUGUUCCCUCUUCAUCACAGGAUUUGAUUAUAAAAAAAAAAUGAACAAUUCAUUCCAUGGCAUAGACAUAGACAACUCCAGCCGUUUCAGAGGAUUCUGACUAAGUCCCACAGAACGUUGCGUUCUUUGAUUAUAUAUACACCGAAUCUACCACAUGAAAGAAAAGACUCUCUUCUUUCACGGGGAAAAUGAAAGAUGAUUUUUUUUUCCAUUCUUACAUAAUCAGCAGUAGAAGACUAGCAACAUUUCACAAAGUCAAAAUGCUUUUCACAGCAAACUUUGACCUUAAAUGUAAAUGCACCUCUGUGGAAAAACACAAAAGGUGAAAAAACUAAGGGUGGGACAAUGACUCAUUAUAAAUGAUUUAUUAAUUACCAAAAACAAAGACGCAUUGAAAAAAAAGAACAUCUUCUUUAAUUGCAGUUUGCGUUCCAAGAAUCUGUAAUUUUACAUUUUCCUGGUUCACCGAUUAUGCAGCCGAACAUCGAAACAUGUAGGCAAGGUUUUUUUUAAUUUAGUUUUGUCUUUUAAACUAGAGACUCAAGAUGUUUAUUACACCACAGUUUAGGUCAACUGAAACACUUAACACACAUAGCAAGGGGGAUUACACAAACUGAGGUUUAAAAUACAAAAUAGGGUCCUUCUAAAAAAAAUUGCAUAUUGUGAUGAAGUUAAUCAUUUUCUGUAAUGUACUGAUAAACAUUAGACCUUCAUAUAUUUUAGAUUCAUUACACACAACUGAAGUAGUUCGAGCCUUUGUUUUAAUAUUGAUGAUUUUGGCAAAAAAGUCAAGAAAAACCAAAAAUCCCUAUCUCAAAAAAUUAGCAUAUCAUGAUAAGGUACUCUAAAGAAGCUACUAAACUAAUGAUCUGAAUCAACGAAUUAACUCAAAACCCCUGCGAAAGAUUCCUGAGGCUUUUAAAAACUCCCAGCCUGGUUCAUAACUCAAAACCGCAAUCAUGGGCAAGACUGCCAACCUGACUACUGUCCAGAAGGCCGUCAUUGACACCCUCAAGCAAGAG